GGAUCUCUCUCUCUCUCCUGUAUUUCCCGUAGCUGACACAGAUCAAUUCAAAACCCCUCCCAAGUCUUCCCAUUCCCCAUCUCUUCUCCCUCAUCGCAUUCCCCCCGUUCCAAUCUCUCUCCUCUUCAUUACAGACCUCCUCCCUCUCCUUCUAUGUAUUUAGCAUACACAUAAAAGUGUAUCCCUCUAUACAUACAUUCACCCCCGUGUUUUGUAAAGAUGAGCAGUGGAGCUAGGGUUUCAAUCCCGAACAGCGUUCUGAAGACGAUCCAGAACAUCAGGGAGAUCACGGGCAACCACAGCGAAGAGGAGAUAUACGCAAUGCUCAAGGAAUGCUCCAUGGAUCCCAACGAGACCGCCGGCAAGCUUCUCCUCCAGGAUCCAUUUCACGAAGUCAAAAGGAAACGUGACCGGAAAAAAGAGAUUUUGAGCAACAAAGAGUCCGGAGAAUCAAGGCGGAGACCUGGUACGCAGGGGAGAGGGAGCAGGGGUGGCCGGGGCAAUUAUUCUCGCCCCACAACGAAUGAUGCUGGUGGUGGCAGAAACUUUGCUCCUGUAAAGGAAAACGGAAUUAAUCAAGCUGAGAAAGUUGGUGGACUCUUGUCUUUGCCUGCCUCCCAGGAGACAAAAAUUAAGGAUAUCACUCCUGCCGAAAGCUCUCCCACCAUCCUGACCAAUGGUCCCGCUCCGGGGUCUCCUGGGCGUGCUGGUGCCGUACAUGCUUCUGAUUUGGAUGCUGAAAGUUUGGUCAACAAAUCUGAAGAGGUUUCAGCAAUUAACAUUGGUAAGUUAGGGGGUCCACCAGCACUUGUCCACUCGAUCAAGACAAAGGAAAACCCCAGCAUUGGAUUUGGGAAAGAGCACUCACAUGAACAACUAGCAUCAAGCUCGAGCAAUAGCUCAAUUGCUGGGACCCAGGCAGCUUCACCUGGAGUCUAUUUCUCGACUUCAGAUCCUGUUCUGGUGCCAUCUCAUGAUUCACGGCUCCCAGGUGCUGUGGGUGCAAUAAAGCGUCAGGUUGGAAGCCAGCGGACUCCUGUUGAACAGAAUUCACUGGUCCUUUCAGAUGGCAAAUCAGCUGAUGCUUCAGAUGCUGGGAGCUCCUCCAUGCAAGUAAAUAUGCCAACCAAAUCCAUGGGGGUUGGAAAGCAUCAACUUGUGGAUUCUACACAACCUGUGUUAUCUACUCAUGGUGGCUCUUCUAUUAUAAGGUCUUCAUCUAGUCACAAUAGUCACUCGCAGCAAACAAUUGGCUCUCAAAAAGCAGUGGGCCUUAGUAAGGAGUGGAAGCCAAAGCCACACUCUAAUCUUGCUCAAGUGUCUGGGACGUCUGGUUCAUCUGAGGUUCCUACUACAUUGGAAGCUAAUACCCAGUCGUGCCCUGUGCCCAGUGUCCUUGAUUCAAAAGAAGCCUAUAUUAAAUUACAGAGGGAGUUAGAGGAGUUGCACAUGUCAGAUGGUCAACAAGUUAUCAUCCCGAAUCAUCUCCACGUCCCUGAAGCUGAAAAAUUUAGUUUUUGUUUUGGAAGUUUUGAUGUUAGUUACAGUGGUCUUGAGAAUGAAAGUAACCCCACACCUGUUUCUGAAACUUCUGAGAGUGUUGAAGAAACAGCAGAGCAGUCCUCAAGUGAACAAAACGCGUUGGCAACUACGGACGAAGGUGAUUAUCAUGACCAUCCUCAAUCACCAAUACAUAGACCGGAAAAAUUGUCAUCUGGUGCGGGCAAUGUUUCAUCCAUUACUGUUCCCGAGUAUGAUGAGUCUAAGCAAGAGGCUGCCUUGCCACCUGGUAGCCGUCAAUUUCCGAUGAUUCAUACUUCUCCAAGCUAUAGUUUUGGUUUCAUGCCACCAAUAGUUGGAGGCCCGCUUGCACCACUUGAAAGCACAGAGUCUCAAGCACGUGACGUUUCUCGCCUCCCAAGCUUCGUUAUUCCGCCACUAUUGGAUCCAGCCAGCUAUUAUGCGCAGUUUUAUCGGUCUGGGACUGACAGUGAUGGUCGCAUUUCUCCGUUCCAUGCAACUGGAGUUGCAACCAAGUACAACGGGAAUGCUGCAGUUUUAUCUCCGCAGACUUCUCAAUCUACUCAAGAGGGUGUGAACUCUUUGGUUUUGUCUACGGCGGGUCCAACUUCUCUUGUGACUCAAGCUGCUGAGGGCACGCAGAGCUCGAUACCUCUAACUCAGCAACCCCUCCCUGUCUUUCGACAUCCAACCGGGAUGCCUAUACCCCAUUAUCAUCCAAACUACAUUCCAUAUGGUCACUAUUUCUCCCCAUUCUAUGUUCCCCCUCCAUCCAUCCAUCAAUUCUUAAGCAAUGGUGCAUUCCCGCAGCAACCACCCCAGGCUGGCAGCAUAUAUCCAGCUCCACCAGGGGCUACUGCCAAAUAUUCACUUCCACAAUACAAAGCGGGGAAUAACACUGGAAACCCAGCGCACGUUGCGAUGGCUGGAAACUAUGGAUAUGGCUCCUCCCCUGCUGGUUAUAAUCCCAGUUCUACUCCAACAUCUGGAAACUCAACUGCCAAUGAGGAUCUCGCAACACCCCAAUUCAAGGAAAAUAACGUCUAUAUGACAGGACAGCAGAGCGAAGGUUCAGCGGUAUGGUUUGCUGCACCGGGCCGAGACAUCUCUGGCUUACAGCCUAGUUCAUUUUACAAUAUUCCUCCGCAGGGUCCAGUUUCUUUCACCCCACCUCAGAGCCAUGGCACCUUUACUGGUAUCUAUCACCCUGCACAAACAGUUUCAGCAUCAUCCGUUCACCCUCUUCUACAACAGUCUCAGACCAUGGCUUCACCUGCUGAUAUUUCGGGACCUGCAGCCGGUGCUUAUCAGCCGCAGCAUGCACAAUUUAACUGGCCCAAUAAUUAUUGAAGGAUCGAUCUGUCUUUUCCUAAACCAGCAAAACAAGAAAUGCAAACCUCGGUAUUGAGAUUAUUUUGGGGAUUCCAACAAUUUGGGAUGGACGAAGACAUGGAGAAGGUACGAGAUUGGCCUGAAUUGAGUGUAAAUCUGAAGAGGGAUUCUAAAAGGUAGCCAGCUGUAUCUUCUGAUUGAUUGGAUGGAACAUACUAAAGUUAAACUCCUAUGUAACGGAUCAACCAUUUUAAGUUAGUUGAGGUGGGUAUGUGCAGGUCUUCCUUUCUUGCUUCUGUAUGCGGUGUAACCAUUUAGCUCUUCAUUGAUAGAAACUUGAGCGUUGAGAAACUUUUCCUUGUCCCUUGUUACCCCCCUCACCUUUUCAUUUGAGAUUUCAUAGGCUUCUCGUCGGUAAGAUUAGGGUUUUAGGUGAUUUUUCCAAUCUUUCGCCCUCUUACCUGUAUAAAGUGAUUUGAUAGCAAGAAAGGAUGUUGUAACUGGUUUUGGCAUAAGCAAAAAGAACCAUUCAAUUGCUCCA